AUGUUGUCGACGUCGGUCGAGCAGUACUCGUGCAGCUUCACAUGGUGGCCGGCCCGUUCCUCUGCAGCGGCGUCGUCAUCAUUGGCGUCAUCGGCCAUCGGCAUCCGGAGUUGCCCCCGGGGCGGUCAGGGCGUGUCAGACGAAGAAGGGAAUCGACAUGCCGCCGUUGACAUCGAGCAGGAAGAUAGUGUUCCAAAAAUAGAGCAGGCAGCGAGCGCACAGCAGCACAGCAGUGCCACUCAGUCAAUGCGUCACACUAGCACUGCAGCUCCCGCACAACGCGUCGCAAAAACACUGAGAACACAACUCGCCUUGAGAAAAGUCACUGAGCGGUUGCGCUCGUGCUACCAGCGCCCGCGAGAGAAAAUAGAGUCAGCAUGGCGAACUGAAUUGCGCGAGAAAAUAGCACGGGGGAUAGAGAAACGGGACGAUGGAAAUAGGCUAGCGGAUGGAGAGGGACAAGGAGAUGCACGCACCGUUAUUGGGGUGAGUCUCGAUCUUGCAGUGACCCAUGGUGCAAGUCUUUGGACGUGGACAAUGUAA